ACCAACCAAGGCUGUAUUCGCUUUUUCUCUUUACGAAAAAGCAGAACACACAGCAGAAAGAAAAUAUUAAAAAAAUCAAAUUUUAACCCUGGAGAGAUAGAGAGAGACAAAAUAAGUGGCACAGUGAUAAAAUAGAGAGCUUUCCGAGGCCUUGGAUACUAUCUGACAGGUCGUGCCUGCCAGAGCUAUAAAGAAACAUUUUUCCCAUUCUUAAAAAGGAGGGGGGAGAAAGCAAGUGACUGAGAGAGAAAUGGUGAAGAACUGGAGUUGGGGAGAGCCGUUGCUGCUAAUCAAUAUUUGCAUUUUUGGAUGGAUGGCCAGUUUCAUCAGCGGAGAUACGGAUCCAGGAGAUGUGUCUGCUCUAAAUUCCAUGUAUAGUAGUUUAAACUUGCCUCCAAUUCUAAUACAAUGGAGUUCAAGUGGUGGAGAUCCAUGUGGGCUAACUUGGAAAGGAAUUACUUGCUCGGGCUCACGGGUCACAGAAAUUUCAUUGUCUGGCUUAGGGCUUUCUGGAUCACUGGGAUACCAGCUCUCAAGUUUGACAGCUCUAAUUAAUCUAGAUGUGAGUAUCAACAAUCUUGGACCUGACAUACCUUAUCAACUCCCUCAAAACUUGCAAAAACUAAACCUUGGAUCUAAUAACUACAGUGGAAGCUUACCCUAUUCUAUUUCUCAAAUGAGUUCGCUUAUUUCCUUAAACAUCAGCCACAAUCAGCUUCGGAAUCAAGUGAAUGAUAUGUUCUGGAACCUUUCUUCCCUGUCCACGUUGCAUGGAUGCUAUCUUCUCAUUCUCACUGCAGUUUUCCUUUGUUUAAAUUUUCUCAAAAAACCAUUCCAACUGAAUUACCUUCAGGAUUUCUCUUUCAAUUCUUUGUCAGGUGCCCUCCCCCAGAGUUUUAGCAACCUCACCAGUAUGAACUCAAUGUUUCUGCAGAACAACCAAUUAAGUGGCACUAUUGACGUUCUUGCAAAUCUUCCACUACAAAAUUUGAAUGUCGAGAACAACAAUUUUACUGGAUGGAUUCCUGAACGAUUGAAGAAUAUAAAUAUACAGGAGGGUGCCAAUUCUUGGAGCUUUGGGCUUGCACCCCCACCUCCACCCGGUACGCCAGUCAACCAAAAUUACAGAUAUCACAAGCCUGGGAUCAAUUACAGCCCACUGAGUAGUGACGCUGGUGGUGGAGGUAGCAGUAGAUCAGGAAUCAGUGGUGGUGCCAUUGCAGGAAUUCUUAUAUCUGUGAUAGUAGUUGGAGCGGUACUAGCAUAUCUCCUUGUAAAGCGAAGACCAAAGAGGUCAUCCACAGACAUAGAAAAGCAAAAGCAAAAGCUUGGGAACCUGCCUAGCGUAUCUCCUGCUUCAAAUGAAGUGCAAGAUUCAUUGGCAGAGAUGAAGCUUAUUCAUACUUCAUCUUCAUUUGACGCAAAAGCAUUGGAUUCUCCUGCUUCAAUCAACCUUAAACCCCCACCUAUUGAACGUCAUAAAUCAUUUGAUGACAAUGAUACAUUGAAGAUAUCUGUUGUGAAGAAUACCAAUGCCGCCCCUCCGAUAAGUGUGAGGUCAUAUUCAAUAGCAGAUCUGCAAAUGGCUACAGGCAGCUUCAAUGUAGAAAACCUUCUUGGUGAGGGAUCGUUUGGACGUGUUUAUCGGGCUCAGUUUGAUGAUGGAAAGGUUCUUGCCGUGAAGAAAAUAGAUUCAUCUGCCCUCCCUAGAGAACUUUUGGAAGAUUUCACAGAGAUCGUUGCCAAUGUUUCUCAGCUGCAUCAUCCUAAUGUAACCGAGCUAAUGGGUUAUUGCUCAGAGCAUGGUCUACAUUUGCUACUAUAUGAGUUCCAUAAGAAUGGCUCACUACAUGACUUCUUGCAUAUAGCAGAUGACUAUAGCAAGCCACUGACUUGGAACUCACGUGUCAAGAUUGCUUUGGGGACGGCCCGUGCAUUAGAGUACUUACAUGAAGUAUGUGCCCCAUCAGUUGUUCACAGAAAUAUUAAAUCAGCCAAUAUCUUACUGGAUGCUGAACUCAAUCCUCAUCUCUCCGAUUGUGGCCUGGCUAGCUUUAUAACCAAUCUAGAUCAGGCAUUGGAUCAGCAAGCGGGAUCCGGAUACAGUGCCCCUGAGGUUACCAUGUCGGGUCAAUAUACAUUAAAGAGUGAUGUAUAUAGCUUUGGAGUGGUGAUGUUGGAACUUCUAAGCGGACGCAAGCCAUUCGAUAGUUCAAGGCCAAGAACCGAGCAGUCCUUGGUUCGAUGGGCUACACCUCAGCUCCACGACAUUGAUGCCUUGACAAAAAUGGUUGAUCCAGCACUAAAAGGGCUCUACCCAGUCAAGUCGCUAUCAAGAUUUGCAGAUGUUGUGGCUCUUUGUGUUCAGCCCGAGCCCGAAUUCAGACCGCCCAUGUCAGAGGUGGUAGAAGCGUUGGUUCGGCUUGUGCAGAGAUCCAACAUGAGCAGAAGAACAUUUGGAAGUGAUCACACAGCAUCUUUUAGAACUGAUGAUCCUGAUGUCCAAGAUACAUCUUAACUGGUUUUCUUAAGCAAUCUAGAUAUUAGGAUUUCAUGCAGACCCACCUUCAUACACAGAAGCGUGUGUAAUGUUCUGUGUUUACAUUUACAUUGCUUUUUAAGCUGUAUGCAUGCUGUAAAGCUCAUAGUAAGUGAACCUGUUGGUGCAAUCAAUGAAAACCAAGGAGUUAUUUUUCGCUUUA